UGUCACGUGCCAGUGCCCAUCAGUGCCACAUCAAUGCCACAUAUCAGUGCCCAUCUGAGCUGCCUUUCAAUGUUACCCAUCAGUGCCAGUCAGUGCCACCUAUCAAUGCCAAUCAGUGCCACCUAUCAGUGCUGCCAAUCAGUGCCACCAAUCAGUGCCAGUCAGUGUCGCCUAUCAGUGCGCAUCAGUGCCGCCUAUCAGUGCCAGACAGUGCCGCCUAUCAGUGCCAGUCAGUGCUGCCUAACAGUGCCAGUCAAUACCGCCUAUCAGUGCCAGUCAGUGCUGCCUAUCAGUGCCGCCUAUCAGUGCCAUAUAUCAGUGUCAUGUCAGUGCCUCCUCAUCAGUGCCCAUCAGUGCCACCUAUCAGUGUCCAUCAGUGCAGCCUAUCAGUGCCCAUCACUG